UUCAGCGCCACAUGCUGAAGAAAUGCCUGUCUCUCCCCCAGAGAGUGCUGUCGUCACCGGUCAGCUCUGGAAGCGGGACCUACCCCGGAGGCUCCGCACUUCAGCCGUGGAGGAGCUGAGAGGAGCCCGGGCCAGUCACACAGGCUCUCUCCGAAGAUGUGAAGAUAAACACCGCGUUACAGCACCGCGUCCUCCUCACUUUCCAUUACCGGAGGAGACAUUUUUCAUUUUUUCUUUUCUUUUUUUUAAUUAUUUUUAGUUAAAGCAGUCUGCUGCAGCGCUUUUUAUAUUUACGUUCUUCCCUCUUUUCUCUCCCUUUCUUCUUUUUAAUUUUUGGCAUUCAUGAGCGGUCGCUAUGGCAGUUCUGUCCACAUCCGGGCUACAAUGCUUUGACUCCAUUAUUGUCUAAAACUGGCGGAGAGGUUCAUUAAACCUUAUUAUUAUUUUUUUCUACAUCCAACGACACGUUUUUAGUAGGCGCAGUGAAGGCUCGGAUCAAGAGGAGAUGUCUAACCAAGGAGUCCGGCGGAAUGGCCCCGUCAAACUGAGAUUAACAGUCCUGUGUGCCAAAAACCUGGCAAAGAAAGACUUCUUCCGUCUCCCCGAUCCGUUUGCCAAGGUUGUCGUGGACGGUUCAGGCCAGUGCCACUCCACAGACACUGUGAGGAAUACGCUUGACCCCAAGUGGAACCAACACUACGAUCUGUACAUCGGGAAAUCGGACUCGAUCACCAUCAGCGUGUGGAAUCACAAGAAGAUUCAUAAGAAGCAAGGGGCUGGGUUUCUGGGCUGUGUCCGCCUUCUGUCUAAUGCCAUCAACCGCCUUAAAGACACAGGCUACCAGAGACUAGACUUGAACAAGCUGAGCCCCAACGACAGUGACACAGUCCGGGGGCAGAUUGUAGUGAGCCUGCAGUCGAGGGACCGCAUCGGCACCGGAGGCCCCGUGGUGGACUGCAGUCGGCUGUUCGACAACGAUCUUCCAGAUGGCUGGGAGGAGAGGAGGACGGCGUCUGGACGGAUCCAGUACUUGAACCACAUCACACGCACCACGCAGUGGGAGAGGCCGACCAGGCCCGCGUCGGAGUACUCCAGCCCCGGACGGCCGCUCAGCUGCAUCGUGGACGAGAACACGCCUGUUAGCACGAACGGCGCCACGCCCACCACCGCGUUGCCUCCGAGCGACGGCGACCAGCGGGCCCAGGAGAGGCGGGUGCGGUCACAGCGGCACCGCAACUACAUGAGCAGAACCCACCUGCACAUGCACCCGGACCUUCCUGAGGGAUACGAGCAAAGGACGACGCAGCAAGGUCAAGUUUACUUCCUGCACACUCAGACGGGUGUCAGCACAUGGCAUGACCCCAGAGUACCCAGAGACCUGAGCAAUGUGAACUGUGAGGAACUCGGUCCGCUGCCGCCGGGAUGGGAGAUCCGUAACACCGCCACAGGGAGGGUCUACUUUGUCGACCACAACAACCGAACCACGCAGUUCACCGACCCGCGCCUCUCCGCCAACCUGCAUCUAGUCCUAAAUCCAAGUUCCAACGGCUCUCGAGGAAGCAGUGAGAGUCAAAACGUCAGCCGUCAGAACCAGACGAAGGACCAGGUCCAGCAGGCCCUGGUGUCCCCGGGUCAGCUCCCAGAAGAGGCCGAGUGUCUCACCGUGCCCAAGUACAAGCGAGACCUGGUCCAGAAGCUGAAGAUCCUGCGCCAGGAGCUGUCCCAGCAGCAGCCUCAGGCCGGCCACUGUCGCAUCGAGGUGUCCCGCGAGGAGAUCUUUGAGGAGUCAUAUCGGCAGGUGAUGAAGAUGAGGCCGAAGGACCUGUGGAAGAGGCUGAUGGUGAAGUUCAGGGGUGAAGAAGGUCUUGACUAUGGAGGAGUGGCCAGAGAGUGGCUCUACCUGCUGUCGCAUGAGAUGCUGAACCCGUACUACGGCCUGUUCCAGUACUCCCGCGACGACAUCUACACGCUGCAGAUCAACCCGGACUCCGCCGUGAAUCCUGAGCAUUUGUCGUACUUCCACUUCGUAGGACGCAUCAUGGGGAUGGCUGUGUUCCACGGCCACUACAUCGAUGGCGGCUUCACCCUCCCGUUCUACAAGCAGCUGCUGGGUAAACCCAUCACCCUGGACGACAUGGAGUCCGUCGACCCCGACCUGCACAACAGCCUGGUUUGGAUCCUGGACAACGACAUCACGGGUGUGCUGGACCACACCUUCUGCGUGGAGCACAACGCGUACGGCGAGAUCAUCCAGCACGAGCUCAAACCCAACGGCAAGAGCAUCCCCGUCUCCCAGGACAACAAGAAGGAGUAUGUCCGCCUCUACGUCAACUGGCGCUUCCUGCGGGGCAUCGAGGCGCAGUUCCUGGCGCUGCAGAAGGGCUUCAACGAGGUCAUCCCCCAGCACCUGCUCAAGGCCUUCGACGAGAAGGAGCUGGAGCUGAUCGUGUGCGGCCUGGGGAAGAUUGACAUCAACGACUGGAAGUCCAACACGCGGCUGAAACACUGCACGCCGGACACCAGCAUCGUCAAGUGGUUCUGGAAGGCCGUGGAGUCGUUCGACGAGGAGCGCCGGGCCCGACUGCUGCAGUUCGUCACCGGAUCUUCCAGGGUUCCCCUGCAGGGGUUCAAGGCCCUUCAAGGCGCUGCAGGACCACGACUCUUCACCAUACACCAGAUCGAUGCCAGCACCAACAACCUGCCCAAAGCCCACACCUGUUUCAAUCGAAUCGACAUUCCUCCCUACGAAACCUACGACAAAUUGUACGACAAGUUGCUCACUGCCAUCGAGGAGACGUGCGGCUUCGCCGUGGAGUGAACGGUCGACGCCUGCAGGACUCGGCAACAACCAGAAGCUGCGGGGGGGUUUGACCUCAGCAGACCACCAACUCCAGAGCGAGGCGUUCGGUCCGGGGCGGGGAGGGAAGGAUUCAUACUCUGACAUGUAGCCAAACUAAAAGACGGGAAGAACACCAGAAAAAAGCCUUCUUCCCUUUAUAUCAUUUUAUUUUAAAUAAUUGAAAAGGAUAUUUCCAGCUGCUAAUAACUCUAUUUACUAACUUGUGGAACCUUCAGAUUUUGCUGGCUCUUUUUUUUUUUCAUCUCGGCAUUUAAAAACAGACUUUAUUCCACGUAGCAAUUCAUCCUUUUACCCAGCAGAACGUGAGAAAAAUCACAUUUAUAAACGACUGAUUUUGUUAGCCGCAAGCAAGGAUUUUAUUUUUUUUAAAUGUUUUUUUACAAGCAUUCGACGGUCGCAGGUCACACUAAAUCCAGAUGCAGAUAAACCGAAGCCUCCGAGCGACUGCGCCGGGGCCCGUCGGCGUUACCACGGAGGCGACCUGUGAGCAGAAGAGGAAGGGAAGGUCACAUACUGAGCUGCAACCGACUGUUUACAACCUCCUCCAAAGACACACGCGGGGGCCUGUGCACCCUGAAACCCUGAUCCGCACAUUUCAAGAGCUAGUUGUGUUUGAAAACGAGUAAAUGAAUGAAUUGCCUGAAAUGUGAUUUUUUAUUUUUUUUUAUAACAUUGGGGAUUUGGGGGGGGGGCAAAGGAGAAACAAU